CAAAACCAAGAGGAAAACCGAGUUCCAUACUCCAGCAGAUAACCUCUGUUCAGAAUACAAAGUGUACCCAUUAUUGAAGUUUCGGACAAAACAUUCGCUCAAUGUGAGAAAAGGAUGGGGAGUUGGAGGAAGUUCUGCGGAAAAGCACAACCAAUGCAAAUCACAGCCAUGAGCUGAGGCAGCAGCGGUACCACAAGAACGGAAAAACGCUCACUUAUCAUCGCGCAUCGGAAAGGUGUGAACAGUGAGCGCAUGCAACAUUGGUAUAUCUAUAUAGAUGCCAUACAACAUUACAGGAGACAGAUGAAUGAAAGAAGAUUAAUCGGCCAUUUUCCCCAUCAACAACAUCUCCAGCAUCAAUUGGGAAGAGGUUUUUUAUUCGUGGAAAAUUGUGGAAAUUGGGAACGUUUUGUGAAGUUUAGUGGAGGAAAACACUUGCAUAGCGUAAAGGGAAUUGGCAGGAAAUCAAGAAACUCCGUUUACUAGGAGAUUCAACCAGAAGUUCGUAGUUUUUCAAUCAGGUAACAAUGACAGCCGUCGACGAGAGAACGAUUUAUGCAAAGCUGGAGGCGAUGAAGGAUAUCCGCUCGAAAACUCUUCAGUUGGAGAAGGUUAAGUUGAAAAUAAUCCGUGAGGUGGAAAACGGUGAUGCGGAGGAAAAGUGCCUCUCGGAAUACCGCCGGGAGCUGGAGCUGCUGAUGCAGGAAAAGAUGAGUCACGUAGAGGAACUCCGGCAGAUUCAUGCUGACAUCAAUGCGAUGGAAACCGUCAUCAAGCAAGCGGAGGAGAACCGGAUUCGCUCGAUCAACAUGGCCAAUCGCUUCCAUGAGGAGUACGUUCCGCUAAAAACGGAAGUGGACACAAUGCGUCGUGAAUACCUGGGCCUGGAACGGUUGCCCGAACUGCACGAGGAAGAGGGAUCGAUUAUCUCUCCAGAUCGCUUCCAAAACUACUACACCGGCGGUAAAGCUCUCACGGCACCGACGGCAGCUUUCGCUCGGCCGGCGCUUUCCGCGCAUCAUCCUCUGCCUCCGGACGGGCCCGUUACGGCAUUGCCUCCUUCGGCGCCACCAGGUUUUCUGCCACCGCCUCCGGUGGCCAUGCGCAUCAACAAACCACCGGAACUGCCCACCAAUCGACUCCAGCCAGCGCCGUCAUCCAUCGGAAUCGGCCAUCCCACGUUCAGGUCUGAUUUCAAUGUCAAUCUGAGGCAACAACCACCGCCGAUGAAGUCGUGUCUUUCGUGCCACCAGCAGAUCCACCGGAACGCGCCAAUCUGUCCGCUGUGCAAGGCCAAGAGCCGCUCCCGGAAUCCGAAGAAACCGAAGAAGAAGGAACACUGAGGAGGAGAACCGAACCUCGCAUCGCCGCCACGUCCUUGCCGCCAGUGAACAUUUGUCGUCCGUUGCAUUUUGCUGCCGCCACAUUUGAUUUUCUCGUCAACACAGAACGGACACGAUGAUGAACAUCGUCGACCCGCUUUGGAACUGAUUCUUUUGUGUAGGUACUUAAUGACAAUUCUUAUUUUUAUUGAACGUUGAUUUUGGCAAACGUAUUAUUUUCCUCAUAUGUGACAUUAUUUUUAUCCUUGCAAUUCAAUGCACACCUAAACUAGCGUAGCGUUAUUAUUUUAAAUAAAUUAUGAACUUUCUAGGACGUAAGCAUAUGAAACAAAUAUAAUCGACAAUUUUAGCAAGUAAAUUACAAACAAUGGGAGGGGUGGUUGAAUGAAUGCUAUCUCCCGUGCAACAAUUUUCAAUAAAUGAUAACCAAGUAUAUUCUACCCCAGUAAAAAAACAUGGCAUAUUCUGUAUUUUACUGAGGAAUAGUACAAAAGAAAGUGUAAUCUAUUGGAGAAAAAAUGAUAUUGUUACAAUUGUUACUUCAGAUUGAUUACUAUUCAAUGAUGCUUAUUGUUCAACUUGAAGAUACAGAUACAAUCUGCACAGCGCAGCACCCUAGGGACAAGACACUGCAAACGAGAGU